CAGAACCUCCAGCUGAGUUGAGCCAGAGCCAGGAAAGGAUUCAGAUGCCUCUGCUUUGCUGCUGACCCCUGCACCAGGGACUGAGCUGUGCCAACCUCUGCCCGUGGAGCAGUACCCUGAGGAAGGGGAGCUGCUAAGACUGCUGUUGGCUGAGUACCCCGAGGAACUGCUGGGACUGCUGGGUGCCGUGUACCCAAAGGAGACUGAGGACCCAGGAGCAACGAAACCCUACGAACCGAUCUUCCUUGUCAGAGUUUCCCCAACAUGUCAUCAGAAGUUUGUGGAGGAUGGUCGGAGACCUUGCCUUGCCUACAUAUCCAAGAAAUUGCUAACAAGGUGAAGCCACAGCUGGAAGAGAAAGACAAGAAGCCGUAUCCAGUCUUUGUAGCCAUACAAUAUAGAACUCAGUUGGUUGCUGGAACAAACUACUUAAUUAAGGUCUCUGUCAGCAACAGCAAUGAUGAGUGUGUACACUUGAGGGUGUUCCAAAGCCUUCCGUAUAAGAAAGAGGAGCCCAGUCUUACCCGCUACGAGACUGGCAAAACCAGAGAUGAUCCAUUGGAGCCAUUUUGAAUGAGAUGCUUGGGAUGGGCUCUUCUGUUGCUCUUUCUACAGACUCCCAACUGAUACCGCCUUUGCCAAUACAUUAAUGAAAAUAAAAUGAAUCUGAUUUUGAAAACUAA